AUGGAGCUAGGCACCUUUAUCGCAAGCCGAUGCGAGCAGCUCCAGGCGCCAAGCUACCUAAACCUGUCGCUAUCGAUUCUUAUACUCGUCGGCAUCCUUGUCUCCUAUAUCCCCCAACACUACCGUAUCAUCGCGCGAGGUACCUCUGAAGGCAUAUCGCCAUAUUUCAUCCUUCUCGGAACAACAUCGGGAACAAGUGCGUUUGCCAGUAUCCUCGUCUUGCCAGCAUCGAGAGCAGAUGUUGCAUGCUGCAAGACCAUUAGCUCGUUUGAGUGCUUCGCGGGAUUGCUCGGCAUCUUCCAGGUUGGCGUUCAGUGGUUUUGUUUUGCUAUUAUAUUACUUCUCUUCCUCAUAUUCUUCCCGGGAAACCCAGCCCUUCCACAAAGCACGGCCGUCAAGCAGCCAACUUGGCGCACCGCUCUUGGCGUCGCAUUCUUAUGUCUGGCCCAUGGCCUAUUGGUUAUAUUGGUUAGUGUGUGGUUUGGAUUCUCGCUGCCGGGUUCUAUGGGAACGUUGGCCAAUGUUUUGGGCCUCAUGGCUGCUGGGUUGGCCUGUGUGCAAUACUUUCCACAGAUUUGGACAACAUAUCAACUGGGCCAUGUAGGGAGCUUAAGCAUUCCGAUGAUGGUCAUUCAGACUCCUGGUAGCUUUGUAUGGGCAGGCAGCCUUGCAGUAAGACUCGGGACUGAGGGCUGGGGCAUUUGGGGAGUGUAUCUCGUAACCGGAUGCUUGCAAGGUUGUUUGUUGGUGAUGGGGAUAUACUUUGAACUGCAGGCAAGGAAAACAGGAACCAACUUAGAGCCAGAGACAACGACGAGUCUUCUGGCCGCCGAUAACACACUUAGCCUUCAAAAUGAAUUUUUGGAAACCGAUGACGAGGGAAAUACCGUCGUCGAGAAUGGGGGACGGACUGAAAGGACGCCGCUAUUGUCUUAA